AUGCCUUCCCUCUUUAAGCGUUUGUCCUUUGUUACUUACAGGCGGAGAUUGCACAGGCUGGGCGUGUCGAAGGUUACCCAAGUGGAUUUCCUGCCCAGGGAAGUCGUGUCCUACUCCAAGGAGACCCAGACUCCUCUAGCUACACAUCAGUCUGAAGAGGAUGAGGAAGAUGAGGAAAUGGUAGAACCUAAAGUUGGCCACGAUUCAGAACUGGAAAAUCAAGACCAAAAACAGGAGGUGAAGGAAGCCCCUCCACGAGAGCUGACCGAGGAAGAAAAACAGCAGAUCCUUCAUUCAGAGGAAUUCCUCAUCUUUUUUGAUCGGACAAUCCGGGUGAUUGAAAGAGCACUGGCAGAAGACUCUGACAUCUUCUUUGACUAUAGUGGUCGAGAGUUAGAGGAAAAAGAUGGGGAUGUCCAGGCGGGAGCCAACCUUUCUUUCAAUCGUCAGUUCUACGAUGAGCAUUGGUCCAAGCAUCGAGUAGUCACUUGUAUGGACUGGUCUCUCCAGUACCCUGAGCUGAUGGUCGCUUCCUACAACAACAACGAGGAUGCUCCCCAUGAACCAGAUGGAGUGGCCUUGGUUUGGAACAUGAAGUUUAAGAAAACCACACCAGAAUAUGUCUUCCACUGCCAGUCCUCUGUGAUGUCUGUGUGCUUCGCUCGUUUCCAUCCCAACUUGGUGGUUGGUGGGACUUACUCGGGCCAGAUUGUCCUGUGGGAUAAUCGCAGUCAUCGAAGGACGCCAGUGCAGAGGACACCCUUGUCAGCUGCUGCCCACACCCAUCCCGUGUACUGUGUAAAUGUUGUGGGGACUCAGAACGCUCAUAACCUCAUCACUGUCUCUACUGAUGGUAAGAUGUGUUCCUGGAGCCUGGACAUGCUCUCAACUCCACAGGAGAGCAUGGAGCUGGUGUACAAUAAGUCCAAGCCUGUGGCUGUUACCGGAAUGGCUUUCCCGACGGGAGACGUCAAUAACUUCGUGGUUGGCAGUGAGGAGGGUACUGUCUACACGGCCUGUCGUCAUGGAAGCAAAGCCGGUAUCGGGGAGGUCUUCGAAGGUCACCAGGGCCCAGUGACUGGAAUUAACUGCCACAUGGCCGUGGGCCCAAUCGACUUUUCACACCUGUUUGUCACGUCGUCAUUUGACUGGACCGUCAAACUGUGGACCACAAAGGUACGAAGGUCUUGA